GGGAGAAUGCCCGUGCUGUACUGACAGAAACGAUACGGGCUCAGCAGACAUGGAGGCCCGAUUAACGCCACAGGCCCGCUCGGACGCCUCUGAGCUCGAAUAACGCGCUGCCCGGAGAGGGAAUACAGCGGCAUUUCGGGAACAUUAACGGUUUCAACACAGAUUCCCUGAAGGAAGCAUGUUGGUCCGCCCGGAGAGUGGAUUUUGAUCCGGAGUAACGUUAUGUGAUCGCCGUUUUAGACCGUUAAUCACGUUUGAAGGCGAAGAGGGCUGGCCAGCCAGGAAAGGACGACAUUGCUGCAACCCAACAAGGAUUUCUUCUCAACUAUUAUUAUACCCCCCUUCCCCUUCCCCACCACCCCUUUUUUCCCCAUCCUACUGGACUUUUAAACCCAACUGUAUAACCCGUGAGCACAUCCUGUCUUGCUCAACCUUCCCUGCAAAUGGAUCAGAGGACACAGGGGGGGCCCACCACGCCACCCCCUCUCCCUGCAAAUGCUGUGCCGGUAGAGCGUGAGAAGGAGGGAGUAGGCGGUCAGAAAGAGGAUGAGGAAGACAAGAGGAAGCGUGAGAAGGAGAGAGAAGGGGUGCCGGCCAGCCUCUGCAGCCCUGAGAGUGGCCCUGGUGAUCAGCAGCAGCAACAGCAGUCUCCACAGUUCUCUGUCAAAGAGACUAGCUACUCAGAGGGCAAUGUCAAGCUUAAGAUAGGACUACAGGCCAAACGAAUGAAAAAGCCCCCUAAAAUCCUAGAGAACUAUGUAUGCCGGCCAGCCUUUCGAGCCACACCUAGGCAAGGGGCCAGAGGAGGGGGACGUGGCAGUCGUCGGGGAGGAUCCAGCGAUGGCAGUGGCAACACCCCUAGUCCACCUCAUAUUAAAGAAGCAGAGAAGGGCCCCACCAUUAACCAAGGAGCGCCACAGUCAUCAGGUGUUCCAGCUGCUACCGCACCCACACCUUCUCUUUCUCCUCCCAGUUCUACCAGCACUACCCUUCCUAUGAAUGGGAGUACGCCAGCUAAAAGGGGUCCACCAAAGCUGGCCUGCAAGUCAGAGGGAAAGGCAGAUGUGAAAUCUAUUGCACCUUCAGAGAGACCCCUUAAUUUGCACCGCUCUGUAACAGACAGCAAAUCACACUCCUCUGGUAAGAAGAGCCUUGUACCCCAAACCAAUCCUGCAACCCCUUCUCCACCAGCUCCUACACCCACUGCAACUACUCCACAGGACCCCAAGAUGGAUAGCGUCACGAAAAGCCCUCAGUACACUUACACAGAUAACCAGAAGGAACAAGAAAGAGGAGCUCAGAACUGGGGUACACCUACAGUCACUGAGAAACUUGCGCAGCUCAUAGCCACUUGCCCACCUUCUAAGUGUCCUAAGCCCAAAGCCCGUAAAGUGUCCCCAGUUCCAACACACAGUAGCUCUCCCCCAUUAAUAUCCAAUUUGCAGCGGCCUGAGCGGAACAGGAAUACAUAUUCCAGAGCGGUUCACCUCGCUCCUCCCCCACCUGUCUCACGGCCACCAGGCCGUCCAUAUGGCUCACGAAACAAAGAUAGUAUCCUGGAGAAAUUAUCUAGCAUACCCAGAAAAGAGGAAACUGAUGGACUUUCAAAGGGGAUUACAAGCAACAGCAGCCCCACCACCAUUCCAGCAGUAUCAUACAGCAACAACCGCUUUGCAAGCACCACAAAUGAUAGCAACGACAACAAUAACAGUAAUGGAGUGAAAUCACAGUCCCGUCUUGGGCACUGCCCUGCUCAUUCCUGCACACCUCUUUUGUCCUCUUCAUCGUCCUUGGAGAGAAUAGGGAGUGUGAGUAACCACCAAGGAAUGCCUAUGUCCCUUGGUUCUCGAUUCAGAGCAAGCCCCUCACAAACAGAGGAGAACACUGAGAGAGAGAAAGAGUGGGACAAAGACAUUGAUAACCCCAGAGACUUAAGCAAAGGUUCUUCCCCAAUAGUGUCAGGGAAGCAAGACACUAAAGAGAAAUUGCCUGCAUUGAUACCUCGAGGUGAAAGGGGAAAGAGCUUAAGUCCAGCCAAAAGAAGUCCUGCUCAGGAAUGUUGUGCUAGUGGGGAACCUAGCCCUGCCGAAUCCACCAAACAUGCUGCUUCUCCUUCUAACCCUUCUGGUACUAGCAGCAGCCCAGCGCCACCUUGUGAUGAUCCUGAGCCUGCAUCUCCUGCAUCACCAGCAGAACAGGACUCAAAGCCCUUAAAAAAGCGACGAGGUCGACGACCUCGCUGGACUAAGGUGGUCAGUCGCACACAAAAGACAAUGCAAGAUAUUGCUUCUAGUCAGCCCAAAUCCAUCUCACCACUGGAUGCAGGUCUUGCUUCUUCGACACCCAUCCGCAGGCCUGUGGGAAGGCCUCCCAAUGCUAAUCGUGUACCCCCUGUUGUCUCAGAACUUUUUGCAGCACCACCCAAGAAAAGGGGCCGCCCUAAGUCCAAAAUGCCAAGGCUUGAUGCACCUGCACGUGGUCGCCCGCCUCUUAAGGCAGCUCCCUCAAAAGUCUAUUCCAUGCUUAAGUCCAAAGAGGAACAGGAUCCCCCUGUCUUGCACCCAGAGGUGGACCUGAACCCUCCUAAACCCAUGCCAAGGAAACGAGGAAGACCGAAACGCUUGCCUCCAACCCUGCCACAGGAAACCCAGCCACCAACUCUAGCUCCAGAGUCAGGGGAUGCUGCAACAGGUGACAAGGGCUUUCGCAACAAGGGCAAUGGACAGCUCAUAAUGAAAACCAUUAUAGGCAAGAUCAACAAGAUGAAGACGAUAAAGCGAAAACGGUUCCUUAGCCAGAUCCUGUUGGGAUCUGGUUCAGCAGCUGAUCAAGAUAUCACUAAGAACACAGGCAUGCCAGGAACAGUGGCUUCUGCGACACAGUCUCUCUCAACACUUGCUGCAACAUUUGGUGGAAAACUGGGACCUCAGAUCAAUGUAAGCAAAAAGGGGACUAUAUAUAUGGGUAAAAGAAGGGGUCGCAAGCCAAAAACUCCAUCCACCCCAUUGCCAGGUGCUCCCACACCUCCACCUGAACCUUUCUUGACCCCAAACACUUCCUCCCCGCACCACUCACACCAGGCUUCUCAGGCUUCACAAAAUCAGCAGCAUCAGAUGCCCCCUUCUGAUAUCUUCCCGUCUCCAUCACUUUCUCAGUCCAGUGGAGGCCAAAGCCCCAUCAGUGAUGCUAGCUUUGUUGAGCCAGGCUCAGUGCACUUCAUGUCCCACCCACACUGUAGCCACUCCCAUCAGAGCCACCACUCAUUUUCUUUUACCCCACCAACUUUUUCAGCACCAUCCCCUCGUACCCUGGGAGGUACCACCUCUGCACACUCCUCUCAAAAGAAGCCUUCUUGCAGAGGCCAUCACCAUCACCACCACCACUACCGGCAGCACUACCAUUAUCGUAAGCUCUCACCUCCCAGGCCACUCUUACCCACAUCCCCUGCACCACUUAGUGAGUUGAAGGAAGCUACACCUUCCCCUGUCAGUGAGUCACACAGUGAGGAAACCGUGCCAAGUGACAGUGGCAUUGGAACAGAUAACAACAGCACUUCAGAUCGUGGAGAGAAGGCUGGGAGUGCCAGUGGAUUAACUGGGGUGGGAGUCCCACAGGGUAUAACUAGUGGCCUAUUGAUACCUGGCUUGAUGGGUUCAUCAGUGGGUGUUGGAGUAGGACUUAAUCCAAGAGGUAGUAGGAGACAUUCAUCGUCAAUUCUUCUUGAUCGACCCUCACCCACACCGUCCCCACUUGGAACAAGGUCAUCACCUGACCCACGCCGGCCACACCCAGUGGCUGCUCCCUCAGCGCUAGUUGGGCACAAAGAGAAGCACAAGCAUAAAUGCAAACGCCGCGGACAUGGCUGCCCCGGCUAUGACAAGCUGAAAAGACAAAAACGCAAACGCAAGAAGAAGUACUUGCAGCUGCGUUCACGGAGACAGGAUCCUGACUUCUUAGCUGAGCUUGAUGAGAUUUGUGUCCAGCUUAGUGAAAUACGAAUUUCUCACCGCACACCUGCCCUUCGCUUGGGCAGCAGCUUGGGUCUGGGUGCAGGCCCAGCUGGCACAAGUCGUGGGGCUGGCUUGGCUAGUGCCAGAGCAGGCAGUAGCAUUGGUAGUGGAACCAACCCCCCACCUCAUCAUUAUCUACAUAGAGACCUUCUGCCCACCAUCUUUAGGAUCAACUUCAGUGGGUACUAUUCUCCCCACCCAGCCUACCCUUGUGAUUCUCUGCACUAUGUCCGUAAGCCCGAUCUCAAGAAAAAACGUGGAAGGCCCCCAAAGCUGCGAGAGUCAAUGUCAGAGGUGCCUUUUGUUCCUGGGCUAGGUUUCCCCCUUUCCAGUGGAGGGUUCUAUCACCCUUCUUAUGGUGUACCAUAUUCCUCUGCCCCUCUUGGGCUUGGUUAUUAUCGGGGCUAUCCUCCAGCCAGUGCACUAUACCCUCACCCUCACCAUCAGGCUCCUCAUUCAGGCCCAUCCCACCAUGGGCACCAUUCUCCUUCCUUCCCACCUCCCCCUCCUUCAUAUGUUCAUCACCAUCACCCUUCCCACCUUCUACUUAAUCCUUCUAAGUUUCACAAAAAGAAGCAUAAGCUUCUAAGACAAGAGUAUCUAGGUGGGGGCCGUUCACCAGUGCUGUACCCAGCUAUGUCCUCUGAACUGUCAUUUGGUUGGCACCACAAACACAAGCACAGACAUAAGCACCGUGACCGCUGUGGAGAUGAAGAGGGUGACGAAGGUGCAGGAGCUGGAGGUGGUGGUGGAGGAAGAAACGGAGGUGAGAACAUUGGGACAGGACGAGGGGACAGAGGGAGAAGAGCAGGGAGUCUGGAAUCUCUCCAGCGGUGUGGAUAUGGUCGAGAUGGCUCAGCUGAUUCCAGUGCUAACAAGCAGGCAGCUGCCACAUCUGGCAACUCCCCCUCUUCUUCUUCAUCCUCUUCAGCAGAAAGGUACAAGCGUAAAGAAGCCUCUAUGUCCUGUCUGGGGCCUUCACGGCUGUCUUUGGGCCGUGGGAGUCGGGGACAUCACCCUGUUGACUCCUGGUUCAGGAUGGGCAGCUCUGAUGUUGAUUACUCCAAGCUGUCCCGCAACCAGAUCCUUGGCCAGGGUGCAUUCUCUGAUGGACAUGUGGAGGACCCUACAGGCUGCUCAGACAGCGAGGAGGAAGAUCCCACUUCAGCUAAUGAGGAAGAAGAUUUGGGGUCCCACCACACCAACCUGUUUGCUUCUGCCCUCACUCGGACUUCCUUUAAGGGCAAUCGAGGCAGGAAAGGUGGGAACUCUGAGGGCUCAAGCCUGAUUCGGUUGGACAGGUCACAGAGAAAGGAUCGCUCCACAUCUGCAGAGAGGAGAGAGUCUGGAAACUCUGGUCUGCAGAUGCGAGGCGGCCACUCGGGCACACCUGACUGUUCAGAAUCUCCUCUACAUCGACACCAUCACCAUCCCUCCCUGUCCAUCUCCCACACCUCUUCUUGCCUGCCCCACUGUGGUUUGGAACAGCCUGUGGGUGGAGCGGCACCACACCCCUCCAGCCGUCAAGCAAGUCCUUCCACACGCCCCUCCCAGCCUGCAUGCUGCCUAGACGCCUCCCCCUCACACCGCUCAGCCCCACCUCCACCCAAAAACAACCUGCAUCAUGUCAACAAGAUCCUCCGUGCCAAGAAGCUGCAGCGACAGGCGCGCACAGGCAACAACAUGGUAAAGAAAAGGGGUCCGGGGCGCCCGCGUAAGCACCCGCUGCCCUCUCCUCCCCCGUCUCCUCUGCCUCCAGCCCCUGAACCAGAGAACCAGCCGCCCCCUAGCAAACACAGAGUGGGCUGGGAGGGAGACACGGUGAUUGAUGCCAUUGAGUCCGUUGUACAAGGUCAAAAGAGAAAGGCCAAGAAGAGGAAGCGCUGGGAGAGAGAGCGGGAUGAAAAUGAAGAAGAUGAGGAGGAAGCUGAGGAGGAAAGAGAGGACGAGGAGGAGGAGCAGGAGGAGAGACCUGAGGCCAGAGAGGAGGAGGUGAUGGCGAGAGCGCAAGCGACAGGUGGGACGGGAUGGCUGACGCAAGAGCAGAGUUUUCAGAGUGCUUUGGAGGGAAAAUGUGAUGGACACUCUUCCCCAGAGCGCACUGGUCAACCCCCCAUACAACAAGUUCCACCCACAACAAUGACUAAUCAGCGGGAGAAGAGAGCUGCUAGGCCGCCUAAGAAGAAAUUCCAGAAGGCGGGGCUUUAUUCGGAUGUUUAUAAAACAGAUGACCCUCGUAGUCAGCUGCUACAGCUAAAGAAAGAGAAACUGGAAUAUAUUCCAGGUGAACACGAAUAUGGCCUUCUUCCUGCUCCCAUCCAUGUUGGGAAGUACUUGAGACAGAAGCGCAUUGAUUUCCAGUUGCCUUACGACAUCCUGUGGCUUUGGAAACAUGACCAGCUUUAUAAGAGACCAGAUGUGCCUCUCUACAAGAAAAUUCGAUCCAAUGUAUAUGUGGAUGUGAAGCCUCUCUCUGGCUAUGAAGCCACUACAUGUAACUGCAGGCCGCCUGGGAAACACAACGACAAGGGCUGCUUGGACGAUUGCCUGAACAGGAUGAUCUUUGCUGAGUGUUCUCCAAGCACGUGUCCUUGUGGUGAGGAGUGUGAUAACCAGCGCAUCCAAAGGCAUGAGUGGGUGCAGUGUCUAGAACGCUUCCGGACAGAAGGGAAGGGCUGGGGCAUCCGUACGAAGGAGGCACUUCGUGCUGGCCAGUUCAUCAUCGAGUACUUGGGAGAGGUGGUCAGUGAGCAGGAGUUCAGGAGUCGAAUGAUGGAGCAGUACUUCUCUCACAGUGGUCAGUACUGUCUAAACCUGGACAGUGGCAUGGUCAUCGACAGCUAUCGCAUGGGCAAUGAAGCUCGCUUCAUCAAUCACAGCUGCGAGCCCAACUGCGAGAUGCAGAAAUGGUCAGUGAACGGGGUGUACAGGAUUGGUCUGUUUGCUCUGAGAGACAUGGACAGCGGGACAGAACUCACCUAUGACUACAAUUUCCACUCCUUCAAUACAGAAGAACAGCAAGUUUGUAAGUGUGGCUCUGAAGGAUGCCGUGGCAUCAUUGGUGGCAAGAGCCAACGAAUCAAUGGCCUACCUGGCAAAACAGGGGGGUCAGGGGGCGGUGCCCGGAGGCUAGGCAGACUGAAAGAGAAACGAAAGUCAAAGCACCAGCUGAAAAAACGGGAGGAGGAGUCUAGUGACAGCAGUAAGUUUUACCAGCACCUUCUGAUGAAGCCCAUGUCUAACAGGGAGAGGAACUUUGUGCUGAAGCACCGGGUAUUUCUGCUGCGGAACUGGGAGAAGAUGAGGGAGAAACAGGAGCUGCUGAAGAGGGAAGGAGAGAGGGAGCGAGAGAGGGAAAGCACUAGCCUCUCUCCGUAUGCUCGCUGGGGAGGCGUCAUCCGCGACGAUGGCAACAUUAAGUCAGAUGUGUUCCUGACACAGUUCUCGGCGCUGCAGACCUCUCGUUCGGUGCGCACACGCAGACUAGCUGCCGCUGAGGAGAAUACAGAAGUCACCCGCACGGCACGGCUUGCACACAUCUUUAAAGAGAUCUGCGACAUGAUCACCAGCUACAAGGAUUCAGCUGGCCAGACGCUUGCUGCUCCCCUGCUUAAUUUGCCUUCUAGGAAGAGGAACAUGCAGUAUUAUGAGAAAGUUUCUGACCCUCUGGACCUCAGUACCAUAGAGAAACAGAUCCUCACUGGACAUUACAAAACCGUGGAGGCCUUUGAUGCGGACAUGCUCAAAGUGUUCCGCAACGCUGAGAAAUACUACGGCCGCAAGUCGCCUGUUGGUCGGGACGUGUGCAGGCUGCGUAAGGCCUACUAUGGCGCACGGCACGAGGCUGCCGUCCAGAUUGACGAGAUUGUGGGCGAGACAGCCAGUGAGGCUGACAGCUCCGAUUCUCUGGAGCGUGACCACGCCCACCACCAUCACCAUCAUGGGCCCGGCAGCCAUGACAAGGAUGACGACGUAAUCCGCUGCAUCUGUGGCAUGUACAAGGACGAGGGCCUGAUGAUCCAGUGUGAAAAAUGCAUGGUCUGGCAGCAUUGUGAUUGCAUGCGUCUGGAGGCAGAAGUGGAGCAUUAUCUUUGUGAGCAGUGUGAUCCUCGCCCAGUGGACAGGGAGGUCCCCAUGGUGCCUCAGCCCAGUUACGCCCAGUCAGGCUCCAUCUACUACAUCUGCCUGCUCCGAGAUGAGCUGCUGCUACACCAAGGUGAUUGUGUGUACCUGAUGAGGGACAGCAGACGCACUCUGGAGGGCCAGCCCGUGCGCCAGUCCUACCGCCUCCUCUCCCAUAUCAACAGAGACAAAUUGGACAUCUUCCGCAUCGAGAAGCUCUGGAAAAAUGAAAAGGGUGAGAGAUUUGCCUUCGGUCAUCAUUACUUCCGCCCUCACGAGACCCACCACUCGCCCUCACGCCGCUUCUACCAUAACGAGCUGUUCCGAGUGCCUCUCUAUGAGAUCAUUCCUCUGGAGGCAGUGGUGGGGACUUGCUGCGUUCUAGACCUGUACACCUACUGCAAGGGUCGGCCGAAAGGUGUGAAGGAGGAGGAUGUGUACAUUUGCGAUUAUCGAUUAGACAAGUCUGCGCACCUCUUCUACAAGAUCCACCGCAACCGCUACCCAGUCUGCACCAAACCCUACGCCUUCAACCACUUCCCCAAGAGGCUAACACCCAAGAGGGAUUUUUCGCCUCACUUUGUGCCAGAUAACUACAAGAGGAAUGGUGGGCGUUCAGCCUGGAAGAGUGAACGGUCCAAAGGGGCAGCAGCCUGCGAUGAAGACCCUUCUCCCAGCGGGUCAUGUGACCAGCUGUCUGUGGCCUUCUCCAGAGACACAGAAGAAAGUGCGGGUAGAGGAGCAGAUGAAGAAGUAGACCGAGCCCACGAGGACUCCUCCUCUGCACUGACCACGCUAGCACCACAACAGGAGAGGAGUAGAAGCGCAGAAGAGGAGGAUGAGGAGGAUGACGAAGAGGUGGACGAGGAAGACGAGAGAAGGGAGGUGGAGGAGGGCUCCACGGAGAGGGGAGGAGGCACAGAGAUGGAAGCUCGCACCUCUUUGUCACUUUCGUCGUCACCCUUGCAUCCCUCCAUUCUGGGAAGAAAGGAGGCACAGAGGGAACGGCUGAACAAGAUACUACUACACCUGCUGCAUCGGGCACCCAGCAAGAAUGCGAUAGACGUGACUUAUCUUCUUGAGGAGGGCUCCGGCCGUCGACUGCGCAGACGGACGCUUGGGCUGAGUGACUUUGUGAGCAGGAAGUGAUGUCAUCAAUGCUGCCUGAGGAGCACAGCCCCCUUUUUCUUCCACAGCAAAAAAAAAAAAAAGAAAAAAGAAGAUAUGCAGGAGGGGCGACAAAACAGCCGAAAGAGGGAGGAAGGUAUGAGAGGAGAGACGCUGGGAGGGCGGUGACGUACCUAUAUUUCAUACUUCUGUCCUUCUGUUCGCUCUCUUUCUAAAGGAGGGUGAAAAAGGAACCUAGCCUAGCGUAAGUGCACAGGACACAGCGAUCAGAGAAUCCUGUUAUCACCUCGAUGCGUUAAAAAAAGUACGAUGCAAAGACUCAAGUGUCAAGGACUCAAAUAAACAUAGGAACAUAUACUCCAGGCGCUUUAAACUGAAGAAAAAGAAGAAAAAAUUAUUUAAGCCUUGAAAUUCAAACGAACAUGUAUGAACUAUGACUGAGUUGUCAUCUAACGGUCUUACAAUUUCUGAGCAUCACCAGAGGUCAAUGUUUUCGAGGCAGCAAGUGGUACUAUAUACAUUCUGAGGCCUCUGUGAAUGGACCGGUCAGGACAUUCAAGUGGAUUUAAAGAGAAGACUGGGAGGACAGUGCCCCCUGGCUGUCGGUAACGACAAACAUACAUUUACAGAGAACUGAGAAAGAGGAAGAGGAGGAGUGACAUAGGAGGUGCAGUGUAGCGCACAGACACUGCCCGUGGACUGGGAGGAGUGGAGAGCGAGGAGGAAGGGAGCAGCAGAGAAAGAGCAAUGGCUAACUGCACUUUUUUUUUUUUUAUUAUUAUUAAAUAUGUUUAACAACAUGGACAUUGUUCGCUCCCAGAGGUGUACGUACGGACGAGACACACUAACACUAGACACAGUAUUGAAUAAUACUGCGUGAUAAAAGCAAAACAAAUGAAUAUAAUCUCUUUUUUUUUGUUUGUUUUUCUGUCAUACUGUAAUUACAUUAGGAAUGAAACAGGGCGGCUGGGGGUGGGGUGUUCUGUUAUGGGAAAAGCGUGACGUUUAACUUAGUUUAGCUUCGGUCUAUGAACGCGUGGAGAUUGGUCCGUGAAGCAGCCAGCCCUGCCCCGUUUUUGAGUGUUUGAUUCACCAGCUCAACAGGAUCGUUAACCAGUGGGGGUGCACUGACUUUAACUGUAACGCCUUAGAAUGCCAUGGUCUUGACCUGUGUGUGCGUGUAUGUGUGUGCGUGUGUGUUCAUUUGUUUGCGUGCUGGCCCAACUGUAUGUAACCCGUCAGAAAAAAUUUCAGACAACAUUUAAUAGAUUUUAAAAAAAAAUGUAAAAAAAACAAAAAAAGGGCUUGACAACAGUUGACAAAAUUGGUGAGAUAUAACACAUCCUGUGAUGUCACAUUUUCUGUGGGAGGAAGUUGGGACGAGUGCGAGCGCUGGAGGGAAUUUAGAACGUUACUUUUUAUUUUGUCUUUCAUGUUUUUUCGAUGGCCAUGGACAACGUUUCUAAACCAAUUGUAAUGAGAUUUUUGCUUAUUCUUUCCCCCCUGCAUCAGCUUUUUUACACAGAGAGAUAUCCCUGCCCCUUUGAUGGACUGACAGAAAAAAACAGAGAAUAAAGGAGAGUAAUGGGGGGAGAAACAGACAAAAUAAAAGGAAAAUGUAUAGUGCCAAGCUAUGUAUAUAUACAGACAGGAAUAUGUGAGAGAUGUCUCCAAAAGCAAUAUCUUGAUAAUGGAUUUUGUGUAUUGUAUUGUACAGGACUCAACCCUAUAUGUAUUAUUAUUAUUAUUAUUAUUAUUAUUAUUAUUACUAUUAUUAUCAUUAUUAUUAUUAUUAUGCCAUUUGUAUUGAUAUAUUUGUUCAUUUAAGCUUGGGCUGGAGGAUGAAGUGGCUGGCGAACGUUACGUACAUUUCUGGUUGAUGAGCAGGAAAUGCAACUGAAAUCUUCAACUCAUGAAAAAAAACAAGAAUCCCUGAACUGACAGAGGAGCACGGUCAGAUGCACUCGAGUGGACAUCACAGUGACCCCAGACCUGACAACUGUCAUUGUAAUUAUUAAUUUUUAACAUUAUUCUAAUUAUUAUUACUUUUGAAGGGGGGAGAAAGAAAAAAGCUACCCCUCGUUUUUUGCUGCAAAGUGUUGAACACUAAAAAAACAAACCAACGUAAAAAUGUAAAAAAACGAUAUUUUAGAUGGAAACAAAACAAAAAAAAAAACAAAAAGAGAAAAAAGAACCUGUCAGCUGAAUAUCAUGUUCUUAAUCUCCUUUUUCUUUUUUUUUUUUUCUUUUUUUUCCUUCAAAUUGGAAAAAAUGGUUCCUUUUUGUGAUAGCGGUCAUAAUUAUGAUGCUUGUAUUUCUUGUAUUUGUGUGUUUUUGUGUGAUUUGUUUAGUUAUUUUUAGACAAUCACAAAAAUAACAUGCAAGCAUUGUAUAUGGACAGACUGACAGACAUUUUGUGUUGUGUACAGUUUGUCAAAACUUCUUCCACUCUGGUUAAAAGUUUGUAAUUAUGAUUCUAAAAGUCAUGAAAAUGCUGUUGGUUUUUACUUUUUUUUUGUUUUAUAUUCUAUUUGUUUUGUUUUUUUGUUUGUUUGUUUGUUUUUUAAUAAAAAGCACUACAUUGUUGUGAAUAUACCUGCCUGUUGCUCAUACAUUUAGCCAAGAAUCAUGUGAUAGUUCUUUACUAGGUCAUAACUAUUGAUACUCAAGGUAUACAGUCAAAGCAUAUUUUAAUUGUAUGGAUAGUCAAUUAAUACAUCUGCAAAUAAAGUGAAUUUUAACUAUUGAAUAGAA